CAUUACAUUAAUGUAUUGCUUCCAUCCAUUCCAUUCUGUUGGUCUAUCUUACGCCAUACUUUUUCUUUGUAUGUAAUUAGAAACCAACGAAAACCAUUUGAUAUUAUUUGUUUCUUACAUAGUAAGUUCUGAGCAUCGUAAAAAUGGAGGACCAAGGAGGCAGUUCCGCUCCCAGAGUAAGUGACAAGAAGUUGGCGCAGACACAGGCUAAAGUUGAUGAAGUUGUCGGCAUUAUGCGUGUCAAUGUCGAGAAAGUUUUGGAGAGAGAUCAGAAGUUGUCAGAGCUGGAUAAUCGCGCUGAUGCUCUGCAGCACGGAGCAGCGCAGUUCGAACAACAAGCUGGUAAGCUUAAAAGGAAGUAUUGGUGGCAAAACUUGAAGAUGAUGUUGAUAAUUGGUGCUAUUGGUGCAGUUCUACUUAUCAUUAUAAUAGUGUCGCUGACCGGUGGCUCUUCAGGAGGCAACACUAACAAUGCCGCCUCAGUGACAGACGCUCCGGCUGCUGGUUCAGGACGAUAAUCAACAAGAAUCAAAACAAUGAAUGAUCCAAGGAUUAGCAUGAAACUAAAAUAUUUCAGUUCGGGACUUGACUGAAUUCUGUAAGAUCCUAUAUUUUUUAAAUUACCUUUGGGCUUUAUAAGAAACAGUAAUAAAAAAACUACAUAUUUGAAUGUGCUUACCCUAUAUUGAUUGUUACUUGAAAUUUUUAGAUAAUAUAUGAAUGUUAAAAGUAAUGCAGCAGAUGCUGUAAUUUAUCUAAGUGUUUCUGCCUGUAGGUUUAAUUUUUACGGAAGAAGCCACAGAAACAAUAGUUAGGCAGUGGCGGAUUUGUAUUCUUGGCCACCCUAGGCCCUGUAGUAAGUACUAGCCGCUCUAAUUAUCAUGUAGACUGAUCCCUAAAAUCAGGCCGCCCUAGGCCCAGGCCUACUAGGCUUUAAGGCAAAUCCGCCACUGGGUUUGGUGUUUCAAAUGAAGUUUUUUAUGUUCCAUUUUACUAUCCUCAUUGUUACCUAAUUAUAAAGCAAUUAGCUUAAAUGCUGAUGUUGUAGACAGGUACAACAAGAUAUAAAUUGUUAAAAUAUGGAAUGUUGACUUGCUAUACUGAUUUGUUUUUGAUUACAAGAAUGAAAACAUAUUUAUACUUUGUAAAACAACGAUUAAGGUAUUCAUGUUCCAAAUGUAUUUUGGAUGUAAAAUAGUUUUACAAUAUCUUUGUAAUUAUUACAUUGAAUGGCCAACAUUUUGUACCAAUUUGUAAUAAGUAACUAGUAUUAAUCAAAGUUGUUAUGUAUGGCAUACAAAAAAUUAUAAUGGGCCAAAUAAGGAACUGAUAUUUAUACAACUAAACAUUUUACAUGUUUUGCCUCAAAACCUAGGAGUAUAAAGGUUAAACUAACAAUUUAAUUUAUUGAUAAUUGUUUAUUAGUGUUUGUAAUGUUCAUAAAGUCUGGAUGUAGCACAAUUUGCAUAAAAUAACUAAAGCACAAAGUGUUUAAAAAUACUAGGCUGAUUUUACAUACACGUUACUAUUUAUUACUGGGAUAUACUGUAGUGGGUUGGGACCAUGAAGAGAAUAGUUUUUGUAUUCACUUUUUGAUAUUUACAAUGCAUUUUCUGAUUGAGAUUUAUAUAUUUUGGGAUGGCGCCAACAAUGUUCUUAAUAAAAUACAGUGCCUAAAAGCUGUUGGGUCAUUCCAUGUAUGGAUGGUGAGAGGAAAUGUGACUUAGUCUUUUAUCCAUAGAAAAGCGUUUUUGUAUUCCUUCACUGCUUCCUGCUAAAUAAAUUCGCCUGUAAAAAAUGUUUUACUGGAAAUAACAGAGUAUCACAAGGUCUAUGAUGUGAUGAAGGAAGUUAAUUUAGUAUAAAAGGUGUCAUUUCCUUUCCUCUUAACAAUAAAAGCUGAUGUCAUAUUCCUUGUAAUUCUACCUAAUUAUAAUAUUGUCUUUUAUAACUGUUAAGAUAUAAUAAAUGUAUGUAUUCUUCAAUUAAGAA